AAUAAAAUCGGUUGAUUAGUUGACGUAUGUUUUUUAAGGUUAUGGGCCUGUUUGCGACAGCUGUCAAAUAUAUAGAAAAUAUUUUGCAACGAUUUAAAACAGCAUAAUCCCACAUUACUUAACUACCAGUAUGCAUAUUUGUAUACUUACUAAAAAGUGUGAGAAAUUAAGAGUGUUGAAAUAGAAGGCGUAAUAAUGAUUUAUAAGAAAUUAGUAUAAUAAGAUUAUUUUAACUAAAACACGAAAAAUGGCAGAACAAAAUUCGACACAAAUCCAAUUUGAGAAUCCUAUGUUUAGGGAAAUCCACAAGAAUACAUGGCUGAAGAAAAUAACACCCUCGAAAAAGAAAAGGGAAAAGUUCUGGGUGGUGUUUUGUGUGCACGACGACACGAAUGCAUUUCUCGAAACAUAUAUCGAUAAUAAAAUGGCAGUAUUCCAUAAACCUGAUUGGUUUGUCUCGCUGAACGACGUUCAGCACAUAUCCCCAACAAUAUGUGCCUCUGAACAGGAAUACGAAUUUGUUCUGACAUUAAGUACUGAAGUAAUAAGAUUAGCAGCUCCAACUUGGGAUCAAAUGCACGAGUGGGUGGAAGCUCUUCGAGGCAAACUGUAUGAGUUACGUAUACUAAGCCCCAAGGAAAACUUAUAUACCAAGUUACCUGAUAGAAGUUUACCACUGUUAUCCACGAGAGAUCCCACUUCACCUUUGCCACCCACUCCGGCAGUACCACCGGAAUUCACGCCCGGAAUUGAGCCACUCAAUACUGAGGCGCCUUCCGUUGUCACUGUUGUAAGUCAUAGGAGGAGGUCGGAAUCUCAAAGUGGAAUCUCAAGGAGAAGCAGCAACGCCAGUGAUAUUCCCAGACGUCAAGCCACUAGACAUGAUGUAUUUAAUUUUGAACAAUUUAAUAAUAUUUUAGAACCACCCUCUUCUGCUCCUUCCAAUAUUACUACCCAGUAUGAAUUUCUGUUUCAAAUGCAACAAAAUCCGGGUCCGUCCAGUAGAGAAGUAGAUGUAAGACAAUUACCUGUAGAACCUGUAGAGACCAACAGAUUGUUGGAAAGAUCCACUAGUUGUUCGCCAAGAAUUUUACAACCGCCCCCACAGCCGUAUAAAACGCUAAGGGAACAACAAGUAUUGCAGCUACAAAAAGAAAUGAAACACCCUGGAGGUGUUAGACUGCAGCUCAGAAGAAAGGACUGCAUUAAUUCGAUUGGUUUUGUAGACGCCUUUGAUGCGGUGUGGGUUUGUGGAUGGAAACAAAAGGAACAUCCUAUGCUAUACAACGCUCUUCACAUUGGAGACAAGCUGCUUAGCAUUGAAGGCAUUCCUAUAAAAAGUUCGUCUGAAGCUCAUAAAGUGUUGUCCUCACAUUAUUGUGGACUUUAUGUAAAUAUAAUUGUGAAACGCAUCCCGUUUGGUCAAGUACUUGUAAUACAACGUGAAAGUGAAGGACAGUCUUUGGGCAUCAUACAAGAAAAUAGUACAGCUGUCAUAGAAUCGGUGCAGCCUGACGGUUUGGCAGCUAGACACGGUUUGACAGCUAAAGCGAAAACAUGUGAUGGAACUUCGUUUACAAAUUGGGUCCUGACUGAAAUCAAUGGUCGUCCAUUAAAUUUAUUUUUUAAGAAGAACCAAGUUAAAGAACGUCUUAAUUCGGUGGGCCGAGACAUAUCUAUUUUAGUACAACCCUUUGAUCUAAUAAAGCAACUAAAGAAGCAAAUGAAGUCUUUGAAAAACUAUAAAGAGUAUAUUUUGCAAUAAUAUAUGUCUUUAAUGAAAUUUUUAAUGUUUGUUGUAACCCAUUAUUUGUGCAAUAUUUUCUUUUACACUGAUGUCAGAGAAUAAUGUCUGAAUUAUGUACUGUGAUUAUUUUAUACACAUCGUAUAGCAAAAUAAAGUGACUAAAACAC